AUGGCAGUAAGAAACAACAGAAAGAAUGAUCAUGAGCUUCGCUUCUUUCGCUACGAUUGGGCUGUUUCACGAUACAGAUGGAUAGAUGAAAAUUGUCGUAAUACAGUGUCUGGUUUCGGAACCGUAGAAAACUUGAACUUGGUCCAUUCUUCGUCAGAUGUCAAGGUGGCUAACAGCGUUUACAUAAGCUAACUGAGACGCGGCCCGUUUACUAAAUUACUCGCCCUGCUACAUACAAAAAAAACUUCCAUGGAGUGGAAAUUUACUUUACUAAUUUUUCAGCUGAAAGAAGUUGUAUGGUGGACACCUCAAUCGACUUCGAUUCGAUUGAGUGAGAAGAACAUCUGUUACAACAUUGAUUUUUUUAUAAUAGCGUAUUAAAAUGUAGCCAUCAUUGGUGAUUGAAACAAAUUCUGUUGCUUGACCUCAGCGUUCUAUUCUGAGUUCAGAGGUUCAUGGCCACUUUGAUUAUAAUUAUUAUUAUUAUUAUUAUUAUUAUUAUACUUUAUUAUUUAUAAUUUUUCAUUACAGUGAGGUUAUGAUUUUGUUAUGAAUAUCGACUGGGUUUUCAAUGGUUUCUUGGAAAAUGAAUGAAAAUGAAAAAUCUUUCAUCCAUAUUGAGUUUGGUGGUAAAAGUUAUCUUAUUUACACAUUACUUUAUUAAGUGUUAACCUUUUCAUAAAUGAACCUAAAGGAACAUUAAAGACAUAUUGGGUGUCUUGGUCUUCUUUUAUUAUAAUCUGUGAAAUAUUCUCCAUACUUAAACAUAGAAAAUGAAACUAAACAGAAGAGAAGUUAUUUGAAGUUACUUCUUCUUCUAGAUUUCAUUCAGGAAACAUAUUUCCCAAGAGGACUUGAAAACUCAUGUGAUCACAUCUAAGAAAGGUAGGCGUGCAGAUGAAUACUCUUUAAACAUUCUAACAUACGUUAUUUACUAAAAGCAGGGAAAUUUUUUCAAUGAUGUAAGUAAUGGUAAGAAUGUGAUGUGUUUCUUAAAAAAAAAAAAAUUUAGUCAAUAAGUGUCAGUAUGUGUUUCUGUAUACAUAUGCACUCAAAAACAUUACUGUGGUCAUACACUAUUUGUAAGAUCCAUGUUAGCUUUUGGCUACCUAUUAUAGUUCUGUCUAAUACUCUGAGGUAGUAUAUGGUCAGUAGUAUAUACCACACAGGUAAAUGUUGCUUUUUUUGCAUACUGAUUGGCAAAAUCACAUAUUAGAGAGAAUUCGUAACCAUUUUUAUGUAAACUGAUAGAAAGAAACAUUUUUUGGGGUUUCUGUAUUAUAUUCACUAAAUAUAUAUAUAUAUAUAUAUUCACCUUCGUUUGGGUGAAAGUGGUAGAAAUUUACUGAGCCCCCCUAACCACCACCAUUCACCUUCAGUUCUGCAUACAUGUGUCAGCAUAUAACUGUUCACUGUUUGUCAGUUAUAUACAGAACCUAAAUGGUGUCAAUGAUAGCAAUUCAAGUCUUUGUCUGUAUUUUUAAUUUUUUAAGAAAAGAUAGUCACAAAAAGUCAAAGUCUUUGCUCCUUACAACCAGAAAAUGAAGCUCAAGAGGUGAGUUUUCCUUCUUUUCUCUUAGCUCUGGCAUUAAAUAUAUUGUAAAAUGUAGAAAUUGAAGGAUGAAAUUAUAUUUCUUUUUGCAUGCAGAUAAAUUAUUAAUUUCAGUUACAAGAAAUAAGGUCCUUUAUUAUAUUUUGUAUUAAACAAACCAACCAAUUGCAUACAAAUACCUUGUGUAUUAUUUCAAGUAAUUCAGGUUAGAAGAAAACAAAUAAUUCCUGUAGAGCAAAACUGAGUAUGGUAGAGAAAAUACAGAGCACAUGUAACUGUUGAUACAACUCCCACCAUGGUGAAACAUGAAAGACUUAAUGUAAUUGAGAUUUCUUCAUUUUUUAUUAUAUCUCCUAUUAUUAUAUGAAAUUUAGAUUGCCAAGGGACAUGGGACAAUGACAAGUGUUUUACAAAGCAGACUUCUUAGAUUGAAAGCAGCUCAAACACUUUGGCACAAGGUAUUUGUUAAUGAUAUAUAAAUUAAGACUAUUUACCCACCCUAUGCUUGUGAAAAAUACACAAAAUAGUGCCUUACUUUAUAUUAAUAAAUUUCUGUGAAUAAACCAGUGUCUAGAAAUAAGUUGGGUUUAUUGUCCCAUCAAUGGUACCGUAAAAACCCGCAGAUAAGCUGCACCCUCAAAUAAGUCACACCCUGAAUUUAGCUGCUCAAUUUUAGAAAAAAAGUUUUUUGAAAGAAAUCAGAAGAAAUCUGAAGUCGAGUCUUGAGAUGUCUUCUUCAUUCACUGUUAAUCAAAAGUAACUCACUUUUAACAUUGCAAUGGAAAAUACUUCAAAGUCUUAAUUUACCCACAAUUUUAGCACUCUAAUAUAAUGAACAUCAUUUCUACCAACUUUGACAUAUGAUUGAUCUUUCAUAGGAUCUUUCAUAUGAUCUUUGAUAUGAUUGAAUUGUUGACUGGAAUGUCUUCAUUCAACACAGGUUUUUCCAUAGAUUUUUGCAUUACAACAAGAACGGGAGCGGAACAUUCAAAGCUUAGUAACCAGGCAUUAGAUUGGAUGCGAAAGUGGACAUUGGCGUUGACAUUCACAACACCUUUUUCAAAUGUUCCUGCAGAUAAGCUGCACCCCCCAAUUUCUAGCAACAAUUUUUUAAAAAAAGGUGUGGCUUAUCUGCAGGUUUUUAUGGUAUUUUGAUUUUUCAGAAGAGAAUCAGGGAGACCAUUUUCUUUAAAUCAAUUCUGAGUCCAAUUCCAUUUUAACUAGUAAAUUUACAUGUAGGGUAAAUUGUGGUUGAUUCAAGCAGACUGCUUUGAAGGUGCAAAAUGUAAACAAACUACUUGCAGUGUAAGAAAACUUCACAUUCAAGUUCUGAGUGACAACAGACAAAAGGGCAUUUUCAAAUUUUGAUCUAUCAAAGCCUUGUGCAUUCAGUGCCAUUUUUAUGGUCAAAUUUAAUGUACAGUGCAUGUAGUGAGGCAAUUUUUUUGUGUUUUGUUUUUGUCCAAUAAGUUAUAUUAAAGUUCACAUGGCAACCAGGUGGACAAUCAGACAUGGUUUGAUGCUACUCUGGUUUACAGAUUUAAUGAAUGUAACAAAAGAAGUUACAAUUCACAAAGAAGUUACGAUUAUAAAUGUUGGGUCUAGGAAUUGUAACUUCUUCGGUUACAUUCAUUAAAUCUGUAAAGCAGAGUAGCAUAAAACCAUGUCUGAUUGUCCAAUAAGUAUCCUUGCUUUAUGUUUUAAAACAGGACACCAAUGCUUUGAUAGAGUAUCUCCUGCGGUAAGCUAUGUGGCAUGCAAUUUACCUGGAUGACUGUCGGGUCUUUGUACAUUCCAACCCAGCCUCAGCACUUCAGCACCAAAAUGAUUAGGCAAUUGUUCUGGUGUUUCAAGCUGUCAUUAAGUAGACACUGCUUACCUAGUGUUUCAACUGAUUUUUUCCUCUCUCUUGUCACUUGAAUUUACAUGGGCUCACUAUUCACUGUUCACACCAUUCAGAUUGUGGCACAAGGGUAUGUUGCAAUUAUGUACAAGUACAGAUAAGAACUGCUGACAUUUUGAGGUUUUGGUAAAGUCAAAAUGCAGUGAUAUCUGUUGUUUUUCUGGGCAUUAGUUCUACCAUGUUAUCGAUGGUAGUAUUGCAUUUAGUGAGACAUGGCAUAUAGUUACUAUGCUUUAUGGUUGCUCUUUUGGGUAAAAGCAAGUGGAUAGUAGAGAUACCUAAUAUAGUUUUUUUUUUCUGGUAGAGGCCAAAAUGUUGUGAGAAAAUAGGAAAAUUCAUAUUCCACAAACCAACAUUACCAAAAUUGCAAAUUGAAGUUACUAACUCUAAACUCAACUUGCAGUUACUAACUAAAGCCAACCAAAAACUUUGUUCACAUUUCUAAAUAUGGCUAAAAGAUGAAGUGGAGGAAUAAGUAAUAAAUGUAUAUGAAUUCUAAGAUUCAAGAUGAAUGCAAAUAUUUAGUACAUUUUAUCAUGAUUAUCUUACACUAUACUUAUCUACCCUAACAGACUGAGUCAGAAGAUGGUUGCUUUUUAAAAAAAAAAAAUUGUGGGAUUUUAUGUGGAAUUUUAAAAAUUAUCACAAAAGCUUGAGAAAUGGACUUUUGUUAACAAAGUUAAGGUUAACAGAUGACUGUUCGAUCUCAAGGAUAAUUAAUUUCUUUAAAAUUAUCUCCAACAUCCAUGAGGGGCCUUUGAUAAGUGUUCCAUUGUUUACAGUGAUGUCAUUAGUAAUGCAUGUCUUCUAGUGUACUUUUCACCAAACUUCAGUGUGAAUGUCUCCCAACCCUGGCUACUGAAAACCUACUAAUCUCUACACCCACUAUUGAAAAUCUAGAUUCUCCAGUUUGCCACCACAGCCACUAGCACAUUAGUGUCAGAUGGUGGUAACCCUAACCCUCCAGAGACACCUAUGAGACUGAUGAACAAGUUAUCUGGGGUUUUUCUUUAUUUGUAUGCACUUCUAAUCAUUUAGGUUGAAAGAUGAUGCAGUGCUGGUUGACAUCAUGCCAUUUCUGACAUGCAGGUACAUGUGUGUGGAAGAAAAUACAAAACUGUUCUGUUAAGUAACUAGUUUUGCAUGUGUGUUAAUCAAAUGCUGUGCAUCUGCUAAGUAAGGUUGCCCUUUUUCUACUCAAGGUAUGACACAGAGGCAAAUGUGUCACUCCCUUGAGUAACACUGCAACCUUUUUUUCUAUACAUGGCAAAUUUGUAUGUCUUGUUUCUUUCCCUAUAAAACAUUUGGAACUAGCUGGGUUUUUUCAUUGUAGAAACAUGGGAAUGCUAUAGAAAUAAAAUUUUUUUAUGCAUAGCAAGAGGAGGAGGUCAGGGCAUUAGCGGGGGUAUAUUGAGUCCACAGAAAGUUAGUUGUAGUUUUAGAUGAAAACUUAAUAAGUAUAUUUACAGUCAAAUGAAAUAAAUAAUAUUUUGACCCCAGUAACAUUUAAGUAGAGAAAUGACACUGUAGAAAAGAAGUCUGAAAAGAUUUUACUAAUUGGUACUAUGAGCUAUAAAGGUACAAGUUGGGAUCAACAACUCAUGCCUUACAGGCCCUUACUAACAAAAUGCCACUUGAAAUCCUGAGAUUACCUGUACUGAAAAGAUUAUGAAGAUGUGGUGUUUUUAAUGCAGAAACUUUGCAAAUUUUGUUAAAUUGUUAUAAAGGCAACCUAAGGAAAGCCCACAGAUAGCCUACACACUCUUUCCUUGUUUCCAAGGAUUUGUUUUCAGAUUUAGAGAUGUUCUAUUAGCCUGUGUAAAGCCAACUCAUCUGACUAGAAAAAUCAGGGAGUAACUUUCCUAUUUCGUUGAGGGAAGUGGGCAUGUGAAACAGUUGACAUUUUAUUUAUUUCCUAUUUUUUCAAGGCUUCAGAAGGGGUUUUCUAUAUUUCUUUAUCCUUAUCAGAUAGAUCUUUUUAAACUCUUUUAAGAAAUGACAGUUUUCAUACAGGCUUAUGAACACAAAAAUAUCCUUGAUAUUUACUAUUGUUCCUCAGUUCUUGUAGCCAUGUCAUGGACCAACUAAGCAAGAUUGCUGAAUAAAUUUCUACAGAAAAAAUUUACUACUCAAUAGCUGUUGGUUGUUUGUUAUGAAUCGGAACUGGGCUGUAGAGCUUUCUUAAAAAAUUCAGUGGUGUUUGUUGUCUUUCCUUCCUCAAAAUAUACCUUUUUGAGGUUCCACAUCAAAAGGAAAGUACUGAACAAUAAUUGACUAGAAAUUAGAAAAACAAAUGGCUUUAAAUUUAUUCAAUGUCAUGAAAACAUGUUUUUCUUGUCAGCAGAGUGCGUGAUGUGUCACCCGAAGGACAGGCCUUGUCAAUGGGGGCAUGUCUAGAAAUUUUACCUGCACUUGAGAGACUCCUUACAUCUAAAUUCGAAGAGUGAGUUAUGGCGCCUAUUCAGUGAACUCACUUGUUAGGGAAAGAUUUAUUUAUGGUUAACCCCCAAAAAUGUAAUCUUUGCACAUCCUCACACAGUUGUAAUUUUCGAGACUUACCAAGGCAUCUGAUAUUUUCUGAAAGGUUACCACUGGAAAUGAAAAUAUGAUGUAAAAUGAUUUGACAAAUGAAAGGACUUAAUUUUUAAAACUAGAGAAUCACUACUAUGCAGAAAAAAGGUUGUGAAAACAUGGGUAUUUCUAAAAGUCAAUUUCAUUUCAUGAAUAAUAAUUUAAUAACUCACAUUAUGGAGAAGUACUUGCAAUACAUACUCAAAGUAGAAACAGUAGAUGAAGGUCUUGUUUUCAAGUCACAUGUAGUAAUUACCAUGAAGUAGGUAACAGGCAUGCAAAGUUAGCUGAGUGGCUGUAAAGUGAUUAGUGUUAAACUUUUAUUCUAUAGUUACGUUAUUGCUGGACUGGACAUGAUCAGGGAAAUGGUCAAACGCUGGUGGAUGCAAUUGAAAGCUGCAACAAGUAAAGGUGUGGAGCCAGAGUGGCAGAGAUGCAGCAGGUAAAUAAAUUACUAGAAAUUGUGAAUGUUGUGAAGAGCUGUUCAGACAGUAUUGAUGCUAUUCUUAAGACAAGACUUUCUUAGGCUGGAACUUUUCUAUUUUACCUCAGGAGUGUGAGCGGCAUGUACAUGGCAAUCGUUUCUCUUUCUGCCAUCAUUGUCAAAGUUUCUAAAAGAAAGGGACCAGUGGGCGAGAAAGCUCUCGUAAGUAUUGUCGUAUUGAUACUAAGGGUAGGAGAAGAACAAAAUAGCACUAAUGAAGAAAGAUGAUUUUAUGCCUGAUAAGACAUUCUGAGUUCUCAGAGUCUUACUAUGAAGUGACUGAUGUUAGCGAAGGGAUAUCGGUGACUGUGUAUUGGGAAUUUUUAAACGUGGACAUAGGAAUGCUGCAUUUUUAGAAAUGUUCUAUCAACCUUCUGUAAUUACACAUUUUUCUCUGAAGCUUCCAAUGAUUUAAUGAUUUUAAAUGAUGAAUUGAUCAGAAGCAAAAAGAGAUUGAUGAAAAAGGAACACACUGUAUAGUUUUCCUAAUUUAAUGUUCCGUUGAUCUCCCAAGGAACAAGUAGUUGCGUGCUUUUCAUUGACUACUCCCUGGGUUAGCAGGCCCUAUACAGACAUUCCGGGGUGUCUUCGCAUUUCGUGACAUCUCUUUUCUCGUCUGUUGUCUUAAAGUUAAGUUGACAGGGUUUUAUCGUAUGUUCAUUCCUUACAGGUUGUCACCAGGCUGUUAGAUCUACUAUGAAACAGUGUGUAAUUGGGUAGAGCGGUGAUUAAAUUGUACAUAGGCUGAUGAACAUUGGAAUGGUUUACACUGUUAACAAAUGCUAUUUAUUUGUUGUAUUUAUUAUUUAUUUGUUCAUUUUUAUCUUAUAUUCUACAACUUGCGUGGUAUCUGUUUUGACAUGGAUAAUGUAUUAAAAGAUGUGUUAGAUCUCAGUUCUGUCAAUAAGUUAUGUUUGAAAUAUGAUAUUUGACGUUUUUAAUUUGAGCCUAUACAUUCACUCGGAUCAUUGACAUUAUUCAAAGCUUUCAAGUAGUUUUCACCCUUUAACUCCCAUGAGUGAUGAUACAGAAUUUUUCCUAACAAUGUCACUAGAAUAUCAGGCAGACAAG